ACAAUCACUUCAUUCGUCUAGCAAGAACACAGCAGCGGCCUAACCGUAGCUAGCACAACACUAAACACCUAAAAUGGCAUUCAAAUUCGCCGUCUUCGCCGCCAUAGUGGCCGUUGCCAGCGCCGUCGCCAUCCACCCCUCUCCGUUGGGAGCUUACCACGCUCCGCUCGGAGCCUACCACGCUCCGCUCGGAGCCUACCAUGCUCCGCUCGGAGCCUACCACGCUCCUCUUGGAGCUUACCCUGCUGUGGCCAAGGUCGCUGCUCCUCUUGCCGUCGCUAAGGUUGCUGCUCCGUACGCUGAAUACGAUGCCAACCCUCAGUACAGCUACAGCUAUGCCGUUGCCGAUGCCGUGACUGGAGACAACAAGAACCAGCAGGAGUCCCGCUCCGGAGAUGUUGUGACUGGAUCCUACUCUCUGGUUGAGCCCGAUGGUACCCGUCGUACUGUUGAGUACAACGCUGACCCCAUCAACGGAUUCAACGCCGUCGUCCACCGUGAGCCGCUGGCCGUCAAGGCUGUCGCCCCAAUUGCCAAGUACGCUGCCCCGCUGGCCUACCCCGCCGUCGCCAAGGUUGCUGCCCCGUACGCUCCCUACGGAUACCCAGCCUACGGCAAGGCCAUCCUUGGUUAAGCCCUGUACACCAUCACUAGAAAUAAUCGUGGAACUGUUCUUAAGUCCAGUGCCUAAUGCCUGCGCCUGAAGUCAUUAGUUAACGUCUUCCUCUAUUUAUUUCUUCCUUGUUCUUUACCUUAUCGAUCUUUAUCUGUCUUUUAUAACUUUUUUUGAUAAAGACUUUUGUACAUAUGAAGCGGGGCUUUGUCAAUACUGCUGCUGUAGACUUUUGUUUAGUGAAGCUAUUGUUGCUGCUGCUAGAAGACGAGCUGAUGAAAAAUAAAACCAAUUUCUACACAAGAAUAAAUCACCGAGCU